AUGCGCUUAGAUUAUAACCAUCAAAGCGAAAUUUUUGUCAUUCUCCUCAUAAAUGAUGAACCUUGCGAGGGAAUUACGUUGUCCGUUGAAGGCGAUUUUCCUCUGACUUCGCCUGUAACGCGAUGCAUCAACACAUCUGCUAUUCAACACGCCGCACGACGCUAUAAUGGGCUGUAUGAGCUGUCGUUCACCAUGAGGCUAGGAGAUGGUAAAUUAAGUGACUAUGCAAAGGGGCGAACGGUUGGCCAUGUUCUUCUACCAUGUGGUAAAGUACACUACCUUGGACCGCUAAUGCCGUCCGGUGAAAAUGUGGACUCCGCCGUGUUUGUUGAGGAAGUACCCUACACCAUUCAGCUCCGCUUUUCUCUGGACAAAAAUCUCCGUGAGGGUGAGGUGGCGGCGUGGCCAGCAGAGUUACUUCUUGCCGAGCAUGUCAUGGCAGUUAUCGACAAUGACGACCUCUCCGGAUCUGUUCCGUCUUCACAUGUGCAGAAUCUUGUGCGCGAGUUACCCUUUUAUAAUAAUGGCAUGAGACGAUUCAAAAAUUGGUCUCUCUUUGCACAUUUUUUUGCCGACAACUACCAUUUUUGGGUGCUGGUAAAGUAUUCAGAGGAGGAACAUCAGAAACUUGGUUUCAGCAAACUGAUGCUUGCCGGCGAACUGCGUAUGGUAUCGAAAAAAUUUCUGCAUUGCUACACGAAGGCGGAUAAAGAGCGAGAUAUCAUUCGUCACGAGGCUUUUUUGGAGUUUCAGCAGUUGCUGUUCUCAUUUACAGGGCCUUCUGAUGGCAGCAGACGCAGUCCGCGACUGAGCAAUGAAGCCUUUCGAGCGCUUGGGGAAUCGCGUAGUUUUCAAACCCUAAAUACCGCCAACUACGUUCGCAUUCUUCGGACCAUUGCGCUGGACCCUGAGCGCUACGUCCUCUUUGACCCGCUCCAUCCCAUUCGCAUUGAUUGGAAAUACUCUGACGAGACCACCCCCGCUCUCGUGCAGGCGUGCCUGACCUGA